AAGCUGGUUUUAGCUUCUCUUUCAUUCAAGAAUAACCAAUUCCUAAAGAUAUACCAUUAUUCUUAUUCUUAGUAUCCUCUUAUCCCUCUCUCUCUCUGUAUUUAUAUUAUUAUCUGUACCUCUUUUCUUUUUUAUCUCCUUUCUUGGUUCUGCUCUCUCUGUUUGUUUUGAACUAUGUGAGAACUUGGAUUCUCUUCUUUCUGGGUAUUUUGUGAUUUCAUUUUUCUUUAUUGAAAGAAAAGAACCUUUCUUUCUUUCAUUACAUUUCAAGAAUCCUGAUACCCAGAAAAUCUUUUUGCUUUCUUUCAUUCUUUUCUUGUGCAGAAUGGCUGUUGAAGUGACAGAAGGAGAAACCCGAGAAUUCCCAGAAAUGGAAACACAAGAAGAAGCAAAACACAGAGACAUUAGCAAUAAUACUAAAAAUACUGUUGAGCACCCAUCACCAAGAUGUGUAUUAGAAAUUCCAAUUUUAGGUACAGAUUCUGAUCAUAGCAGCAGUAGUUUCAGCACAACUAGUAGCAGCGAAGAUUCUACAGAGAAAUUGUCAUCACCUGAAAAAUUGGAGAGCAGAGAGGGUACUAAUUUGUCUCAAUGGAAGCAGAUGCUUGAUGCUUUUAAGAAGAAAUCAAUGAGGAGGUUUUCAGUGAUUCCUUUACUUACAAAUUAUGAUCUUAUUGCUAAGAAGAGUUUGAAAAGGAAAAUUAAUAGAAUUCAGAGUUCUGCUGAUGUUGUUAUCGAUUUGGAUUGUAUUCAAAUUACGAAACCAUCCUGGAGAAAUUUUGACUUUGCUGAACUUGAAGCUGCUACUGAUCAUUUCAGUUCUGAGAACUUGAUUGGGGAAGGUGGUCAUGCACAAGUGUAUAAAGGGUGUUUAUCAGAUGGUCAAGUUGUAGCUGUGAAGAAGAUAAUGAAGACAGAAAAGGAAGACGAGAAUAGAAUUGGUGAUUUUUUAUCUGAGCUAGGGAUUAUUGCACACAUAAACCACCCAAAUGCUGCUAAAUUACUUGGUUUCAGCAUCGAUGGCGGUUUGCAUCUUGUCUUGGAAUAUUUACCUCAAGGCAGCCUUGCUUCUGUGCUCUUUGGUGGGGCAGAGAGUUUAGAAUGGGAGAAAAGGAUUAAAGUAGCUGUAGGAAUAGCAGAAGGAUUACGGUAUCUCCAUCAUGAUUGCCACAGGCGCAUAAUCCACAGAGACAUCAAAGCCUCCAACAUAUUGCUCACUGAAGAUUACGAAGCUCAGAUUUCUGAUUUUGGAUUGGCAAAAUGGCUCCCUGAGAAUUGGCUUCACCACAUUGUCUUUCCCAUCGAAGGCACAUUCGGAUACUUGGCUCCAGAGUACUUCAUGCACGGGAUAGUCAAUGAGAAGACUGAUGUAUUUUCCUUUGGGGUCUUAUUACUAGAGAUAAUAACAGGUCGUCAUGCAGUUGAUUCUAGCAGACAGAGCCUUGCAAUGUGGGCAAAACCACUGUUAGAGGAAAACCAGGUUAAAGAAGUAGCUGAUCCCCAGUUAGGGAGCGAUUAUGAUCCUGUCGAAAUGAAGCGCGCAAUGUUCACAGCUUCAAUGUGCAUCAACCAUCUACCAUCUAUGCGUCCCCACAUGAAUCAGGUGGUGCAGCUAUUGAGGGGUGAGGAAGCACCAAUGGAGAUGCAGCAAAAGAGUAAUGCAGGCAGGGCAGUAAUGGUGGAUGGUUGUGAUUUGCAAGACUAUACUUGCACAAGCUAUCUCAAUGACCUCAAUCGUCAUAUGCAACUUGUGUUGGAGUAGUGUUUUGUUUGAUACACUUUUUAGGAGCUAUUUGCUGCUUCUGCUGCUACUUUUAGUUUCCCGCUUGUGUAUAUGAAAGGUUAAAAUUUUUUA